AUGGCUGAAUUUCCGAAUCUGGGUAGCCAUUGUGCUAUAUCAAGCUGUAAUCUUUUAGGUAUGUAAAUUUAAAACUUAUAAUGAGUAAUCUGCUGAUAUUUAAUUAAAUUUAUGUGAAAAAAUGGUUUUUUAAUUCAAAUGUUUUAGAAUUUUCAAUAAUAUACUUUUUUUAAGACUUUUUGCCAUUCAAAUGUUACAAAUGUGACAAGGAAUUUUGGUAAGUUAACUUUUUUAGUCAUUCUUUGUGUUUAGUAUCGAGCACUUCAAGUGUGAUCAACAUGAAUGUGGGAUAAAAGAUGUCCGAGUGCCAGUCUGUCCGUUAUGUCAGCAACCUGUACCAGUGGGAAAGAAUGAGUCAGCUGAUAUGGUGGUGGGACAGCAUAUUGACAAUGAUUGUAAAUCAGAUCCAGCUCAGAAGAAACGGACUUAUCAACAUCGUUGUACAAAGAAAGGGUGCAAGAAGAGGGAAGUGGUGCAGUUCACAUGCCCUGAUUGUAGAAACAACUUUUGUGUGAGGCAUCGGCAUGGGGACGACCAUGAUUGUGAAGGGAAUUCCGAUCCACGGUCUCCAGUUAACAACCAUGAUUUGGACUACGAGUUAGCAAGGCAGUUACAGGAGCAAGAGAACAGGUGGGUUAUUUUUACUAAAUUCAAGGUAAAUUUAUAUCAAACUAUAAAUCAAAAAGCAAGUAUUUGAAACUGUUACCCAUUUAUAUAUCAAAUUUAUUAAAAUUAAUUGGAUUUUAAAUCAGCUCGCAAAUUAUAGAAUGAUACGCCGCAGAAACCCGCCCCAAAGAGAAGAACAACAAAUAUGUUGCAUAUCUUAA